AUGGAAGUUGAAUUACAUUAAUAAAUCCCUCCAUAACUCAAUGUACAAGUGGCAAUUAGGGUUCGUCCUUUCAAUGAAAAAGAAUUGAAGCAAAAAGAAGGCGUAUGUUUGGAGACAUCCGAAAAAUAAGUAACUCUUCUACAAAGUGCUCGUUUGUUCACAUUCGAUUAUGUUUUUGAUUAAAAUGCAUGCCAAGACUAAAUCUACAGAAAGUAUGCUUAGUAAUUAAUCAUAGGUGUGUGAGCAAUUUGGUUUAGAGGUGCUUUGAAGGUUAUAAUAGUACCAUUCUUGCGUAUGGGUAAACUGGAUCAGGGAAAACACAUACUAUGGGUACUACAGGGGUAGAUUGUUUGUCAAGUAUCGCAGAUUAAAUAUAAAGAUAAAAAUAACUUGGGGAUGAUUCCAAGGGUUAUCACACAAAUUUUUGAAGAAAUUGAAAAAAUAGACCAAGAAAUCCUUAUUUCAUGUUCAUACUUGGAGCUAUACAAUGAAUAGAUAAUUGAUCUCUUGUUGGAGACUUCAAUAUCCAGUUAACCUACUAUCAGAGAAGAGAAGGAUCACACAAUAACAAUAUUAAAUUUAACUACAAUAUUAGUAAAUAAUCCAAAUGAAAUGCUUUAAGUAUUAAAUAGAGGAGCUGCCCAUCGGACAACUGCAGCUACAUAAAUGAAUAUGACAAGUUCUAGAUCGCAUGCAAUUUUUACAAUCUACUUUAAAAUAAAUCCUAAGGAUGAUUCUGAGGAUGGCACUUUGAAUGCCAAAUUUCACUUUGUAGAUCUUGCAGGAAGUGAAAGAUUAAAGAAGACUUUGGCCUAGGGAAAAACAAUGGAGGAAGGAAUCAACAUAAACCAAAGCCUUUUGGUCUUGGGCAAUGUGAUUAAGACCUUGAGCGAUUAAAAAAAGAAAAGCUAGACUCAUAUUCCCUAUCGAGAAAGUAAAUUAACUAGGUAUUGAAUAUUUAAUCAUAAUAGAAUAUUGUAAGAUUCUUUGGGGGGUAACUCUAAUACUUGUAUGAUAGCAUGUGUGUCUCCUGCUGAAAGCAAUUAUGAGGAGACUCUAAAUACAUUGAAGUAUGCUUCAAGGGCAAGGGAAAUUCAGAAUAAGCCAACCUAAAAUAGAGUAUAUCUAUAUAAUUAAUAAAUCAUAGGAUCCCCAUGCAAUUUAAAUUUUAAGUUUGAAAUAGGAGAUUGCAACAUUGGUUGAAUAAAACAAGCAGUUUUAAGAAUUGCUUCAAACAAAUGGAGUUAAAUUCGAUCAAAUAAAAAAAGUGUCAGUAUCACAAUAUUCUUCAAAUAUUCCACAUACUUGUGAGGAACAUCUAGAGAUAAUUCAAAAAUAGAAACAAGCCCUACUUGUGUGGGAACGUCUUGGAUCUCAGCAUAAAUUGGAGGUGCAAAAAUUAUAUUCUUAAAUUAACGAUUUAGAAAUAGAAUUGCAUAAUCUAAAGAAGAAAAAAGAUAUUAUUUUUAAACAAUUCCAAGAUGCUAAGAAGUACAUUGUUAUGUUAUUUUAGAAUUCUGUAAAAGUUUAACAUUCCAUUCACUAAUUAUGAAGAAGAUGAUGAAAUUGAGGAUUUGUAUGACGAAGUUGAUAAGCUAAAAUAAGAAACAAAGGAAAAAGAUUUUAAAAUUCUAACUAUGUAGAAAGAAAUAGAUGAGCUAUUACAGGUAGUUUUUAUUGUUUAAAUACUAGGAUAGGAUGCACACAGAGAUCAAUACAUCUUGUGUAAAAAAUAGAAGGAGUUGAUGGUUCUUUAACGGAAACUUGAAAAAUUAGAUACGAGGGAUAAUUUUGAAUCUCCAAUAUAAGAUUCAGAAGUUGAUGAGGAAGUAAUUUGUAAUGAUUCCAUGAUCAAAGAGGCUAAUUAACAAAUUGAAGAGUUUGAAAGCAACUUAUAGGUUAUGACUAUUCGAAAUUUUGAACUUAAACGACAAUUAGCUGAAGAUAUGAAAAAGGAAUUUCAAUAACAAAUUUCUGUUUUAGAGGCUUAAAAGUCUUCAUUAAUGAAACAAGUAAAUUAAAAAUAGGAUGCUACUUAAAUGAAUGCUUUGAAAGUUAAAUUAUAGGAAUAUGAAUCUAAAAUUGGAGAGAUGAGAUAAAAAGAAUAAAACAUGAGACAGAUGUAAAAGAAAUUGGAAGAAUAAGAAAAUUAGGUUAAAGAUUUAAAGAUUAAUAUAGAAAAAAUGAAAAAAUAGAAAGUAGAAUUGAUUAAGAAAAUGAAAUCGGAUAAUGAAAAGUAUAUCAAGGAUAAGGAGGAGAAAUAAAAAGAAUUGAUUUUAAUUAAAAAACUUAAAAUUUAACAAGAAGCUGCUUUAAGCAAAUUGAAAAAUGAAAAUUGUAAAAAAGAAGUACUUCUUAGAAGAAAGGAGGAUGAAAUAUUAAAAUAGAGAAAUGAGAAAGUUAUUGAAAAGGGAACAGGUCUAUCAUUUAAGAAAUCACAAAAAGUGUAAGCUUAUGAUUCAAUGGAGAAAUAAAUAGAAUCGUUAUUCUCUUAAUUGAUAUCGGGAGGAUAGGCAGAAAUCUAAAUAUAAAGGGAAAUCAUCAAGUUGGAGUAGUUAUAAGAGGAAAUAAGUUAAAUAGAAUAGAAAAUUUGUUAGUUACAGAUAAAGAGAGAAUAAACAUCAUUUGAUUAGAAUAAUAAAAAUAGUUUAAAUUAGAUAGAAUUGGAAUUGAGCGACAUCAUAAUUAUAAGAGAGAAUAUAAAUGAGACAAUCGAUUAUUAGUUGCAUAAAAUAGAGUAAUUAAGAAAGAGUUGCAAUAAUUGCACUGAAAUAUAUACAAAUUUCUUAACCAAUUCAGAAUUGAGAGAACUUCCUAAUUGGUGUAUUAGAACUUUUAAAUUCGUCAUUGAUAAUUGGAUUAAGGAUCAUUUGCAGAUGCAGAAUUUUAGCUAGUAGAAUGAUGAAUUUUAGCAAAUAAUCCAAGAAUUACAACAAUAACUAUAAAAGCCACUUUAGGAGAUAAAUUGCAACUCACCUACACUAAAAAAGAAAAUUGUCAAAUAACAAAUUUCUUCUUAACCUAAUGAUGCUUUGGAACUCAGAAAGUAACUUAAUGAUCAAAAAAGAAAGUAUUAAUUCCUGUAAAAUGAAAAUAAAAAUAUGAUAUCAGAUUUAGAAUACUAUAAGAAAUUCUAUACAGAACAUAUCAACAAAACCUAGAAGGAUAAAUGUAUUGGUUUAAGUGAUUAGGCUUAACUUCCAUAGAGUUAGAGUUAUCAGUAGAUAAGGGAUGCUUACAAAUUGGAAAGAACCAAACAGAAGGAGUUGUCAUUAAAUUUAAGUUUUUAAAAACCAUACAUAUAAAAUUCUGCUCUCAAAAUGGCCAAAGUAUGUAAGUCAGAUAGAGAGGGAUAUACGGAAUAACUUAGUUAGGCACAAGAAGAAUAAGAAUUAAGAUAUGAGUAUUAAAUGAUAGUUAUUUGUUAGUGUAAUUAAAUCAAUACCUGGCCAUGAAAAUCCAAUAUUGUGUGUGUACACAAUGUAAAACUUAUUAUGUUCAAGUGCUUUUAGAUCUGUAAAGAUAUGGGAUAUGGAUGCACAAUCUCACGUUGUAUCUUUGGAUGCAAACACUCAUGUUAAAUCGAUUUGUCAUUGGCCUGAAAGGAAUGCAAUUGCAGUGUCUCAUGGAUCCUAAAUUUCUUUGUAUGAUGUGACUUCGUUUUAACUAUAGAGCGUAUUAAAGUCAUCAAUUGAUGAAAUAAGAGUGAUGACAAGACACAAUGGUUUAUUAGUGGCUGGUGGAAAGGGCAUUAAUUACGCUAUGAAUGUUUGGGAUGCAAGAUCAAAUAAGUAUUGAUGAUUAUAUUCUUAGUUAAAUUCACGAAUUUGAGAAGUCAAGUGAUGUUAUGUGUAUACAACAGUCUGAUUAGACAUAGGAGUUAAUUUGGGGAACAUUCAAUCAUAAUGUGAGGAAAAUGAUGAUGAACAGUAAUAAAUAUGGUUAGAUUGCAUAAAUGACACCUCCACAUUAUGAUAAGGUAACUGGAGUUGGUUUACUUGAUAAUUGGAUUGUGAGUUGCUCAUUUGGAAAAGGAAUGAGGAUGUGGAACUAAGUGAAUGGUUAAUAAGGAUAAGCAAAUUCCGAUAUCCAUAAAGAUUCAAUCUUAACUAUGGCCGGUAUAAUAAUUGAUUUAUUAUUAUUAGUUGACAAAAGCCUUAAAGUCAUGUAUACUGGAUGUAAGGACGGUUAAAUUAAAGCUACUAGAAUUAGUGAGAAUAAAUUCUAACUUGUUAGUGAUAUUAGUGCUUCAGUCUAAUAAAUUAAUUCUCUCAAUAUCAUAAAUGAUAGUUCACUAAUCGUAAGUGGUGGACAAGAUAGAAUGAUUAAAAUAUGGAAGCCUUCUAAAUUUACUUUUGAUUACUUAAAAUAGUUUACUCCGAACAUCGGGGAUUUCAUUAUAGAGGAAGAUCAAUACCUAUUUAGUUGA